AUGAUUGAUGAAGAAAUGAUCAUACGGCAGAUGAUGACCAAUUUAAGGGAUGCUCAGGUAAGCACAGAGACACUCAGAAGCACAGGGACACCCAGGCAAGCACAGGGAUACUCAUGCAAGUACAGAGACUCCCAGAGAAGCACAGGGAACACUCAGGUAAACACAGGAACAUUCACACAAGCACAUGGACACUCAUCCAAGUACAGAGACAACCAGAGAAGCACAGGGACACUCAGGCAAACACAGGGAAAUUUAGGCAAGCACAGGGACACUCAGGCAAGCACAGGGACACUCAGGCAAACACAGGGACAUCCAGAGAAGCACAGGGACACCCAGGUAACUAAAGGACACUCAUGCAAGAACGGGAACACUCAGGUAAACUCAGGAACAUUCACGCAAGCACAGGGACACUCAUGCAAGUACAGAGACAACCAGAGAAGCACAGGGACACUCAGGCAAACACAGGGAAAUUUAGGCAAGCACAGGGACACUCAAGGAAACACAGGGACACUCAGGCAAACACAGGGAAAUUUAGGCAAGCACAGGCGCACUCAUGCAAACACAGGGACAUUUAGGGAAGCACAGGGACAAUCAGGCAAGCACAAGGACUCUCAGGCAAGCACAGGGACACUCGGAGCAAGACCAGGGACAUUUAGGCAAUCAGAGAGACACUCAGGGACACUUAGGGAUAGUACAGGGACAGUCAAGCAUGCACAGAGACUCUCGGGCAAGCAUUGGGACACGCAGGGAAGGACAGGGGCAAUUAGGCAAGUAGAAGUACACUUGGCCAAACACAUGGAAACUCAGGAAAGCACAAGGACAAUGGUGCAAGCACAGGGACACUUAGUUCCCCCAAGGGACCUCAAAAAAGUGACCCAGGGACACUCAGACAGACACAGGGACACUCAGGCAGAUACAGGAACACUCCAGACAGACACAGGGACACUCCAGGAGACACAGGACAUUCAGGCGAGACACAGGGACACUCAGGCAGACCUGGGACAUAGGGCAGACACAGGAACACUCAGACAGACACAGGGACACUCAGAGAACUGGGGACAUUCAGGCAGACACAGGAACACUCAGGUGAGACACAGGAACACUCAGACAGACACCCAGGAACCUCCAGGCAGACACAGGGAACACUCAGGAACUGGGACAUUCAGGCAGACACAGGAACACUCAAGGAAGCGAGACACAGGACACUCAGACAGACACCUACAGGGACACUCAGGCAGACGCACAGAAGACAUCAGACAGACUUACAGGGACAUUCAAGGCAGACACAGGGACACUCAAGGGAGUUACAGGGACAUUCAGGCAGACACAGGAACCUCCAGACCAGACACAGGGACACUCAGGCAGACACAGGAACCUCAGGCAGACACAGGGACCUCAGGUGAACACAGGGACACUCAAGACAGACUAGGAACACUCGAGCAGACACAGGAACAUCAGGCCAGACACAGGAGGACACUCAAGGCAGACACAGGGACACUCCAGGCAGACACAGGGACACUCAAGGCAAACUGGGAACACUCAGGCAGACACAGGAACACGCUCAGACGAACACAGACACUCAGGCAGACACAGGGGACCUCCAGGCAGACACAGGAACCUCAGACAGACUGGGAACACUCCAGACAGACACAGAACACUCAGGCAAACAGGAACACUCCAAGCAGACACAGAACACUCAGGCAGACACAAGAACACUCCAGACAAUUUACAGGGAACCUCAGGCAGACAGGGUACUCAGGCAAACACAGGACACUCAGGCAGACACAGGAACACUCCAGACAAUUUGGGAACACUCCAGACAGACCCUACAGGGACACUCCAGGCAGACACAGGGACACUCAGGCAGACUACCCAAGACACUCAGGCAGACACAGGGACACUCAGGCAGACACAGGGAACACUCCAAUUGAACACAGGGACCUCAGGCAGACCUGGGAACACUCAGGCAGACACAGGGACCUCCAGGCAGACACAGGGAACACUCAGAUUGAACUGCAGAACCUCCAGGCAAACACAGGGACACUCAGGCAGACACAGGAACACUCCAGGCCAAACACAGGGACACUCCAGGCGGGCCGGAACACUCAGACAGACACAGGAACACUCAGACAGACACAAGGGACCUCCAGGCAGACACAGGGACCUCAGGGCAGACACAGGAACACUCAGGCGGACACAGGGGACACUCCAGGCAGACUGCAGGAACACUCAGACAGACUGGGACCCUCAGGCAGACACGGAACACUCAGGCAGACACAGGGACCUCCAGACACGGAACACUCCAGACAGACCUGCCGAGACACUCAGGCCUUUACAGGAACACUCAGGCAGGCAGGAACACUCCAGGCAGACACAGGACACUCAGGCAGACACAGAGACACUCCAGACGAAACACAGGGGACCUCAGGCAGACACCUGCCCAGGAACACUCCAGGCAGACACAGGGGACCUCAAGGCAGACAGGAACACUCAAGGCAGACCUGGGGACACUCAGGCCAGACAGGAACCUCCAGGCAGACACCACAGGGACCUCCAGGCAGACCUGGGAACACUCAGGCAGACACCAAAGACACUCAGGCAGACUACAGGGGACCUCCAGGCAGACCUGGAACACUCCAGGCAGACACAGGGACACUCCAGGCAGACACAGGAACCGCUCAGGCAGACUGGGACACUCAGGCAGACUGGGAACACUCAGGCAGACUGCAGGUUACUCAGCAGGUGAAACACAGGGACCUCAAAGACCAGACACAGGGACCUCCAGGUGAACUGGGGACACUCCCAGGCAGACACAGGGACACUGGGGGCAGACACAGGAACACUCCAGGCAGACACAGGGACACUCCAGGCGGGCAAGGUACUCCAGGCAGACACAGGGACACUCCCAGGCAGACACAGGGCACUCAGGCAGACAUAGGAACAUUCAGGCAGACAGGAACACUCAGACAGACACAGGGACACUCAGACAGACACAGGGACACUCCAAGCACAGGACCUCAGGCAGACACAGGAACACUCCAGGCAGACCUGGGGACCUCAGGCAGACACAGGAACACUCAGGCGAACUUACAGGAACACUCAGGCAGACACAGGAACACUCAGGCAGACACAGGGACACUCAGACAGACCUGGGAACACUCAAAGACAGACCUGGGAACACUCAGGCAGAAACACAGGACACUCCAGGCAGACACAGGAACACUCAGGGCAGACACAGGGACACUCAGACAGGCCUGGGAACACUCGAACCAGACACAGGAACACUCAGACAGACACAGAUUCUCAGACAGACACAGGGACAUUCAGGGGUCUGGGGACCUCAGGGGAACACAGAACACUCAGACAGACACAGGAACCUCAGGCAGACACAGGACACUCGGGGAACCUACCCCAGGAGGACACUCAGGCAAACACAGGGGACACUCAGGGCAGGCUGGGGAACACUCAGGCAAACACAGGGACACUCUGAGCAGACACAGUGCUCAGACCAGACAGGGUGCCUCAGACAGACUACAGGGACACUCAGAGCCCAGACACCACAGGGACCUCAGAGCCCAGACACAGGAACACUCCAAGGCCAGACACAGGGACACUCCAGGCAGACACAGGAACACUCAGACAGAUUUAGGGACCCUCAGGCAGACACAGGAACCUCCAGGCAAACACAGGGGACACUCAGGCAGACACAGGAACACUCAGACAGACCUGGAACACUCAGGCAGACACCAGGAACCUCAGGGCACAGGGACAUUCAGGCAGACACAGGGAACACUCAGGCAGACACAGGGACACUCCAGACAGACACAGGGACACUCAGGCGAACUGGAACACUCCAGACAGACACAAGGGACAUUCAGACAGACAGGAGGAACCUCAGGAGACCCCAGGGACAUUCAGGCAGACACAGGAACACUCAGACAGACACCACAGGGCACUCCAGACAGACACAGGAACACUCCAGGCAGACGGGACACUCAGGUGAACCUGGGACCUCCAGGCAGACUGGAACCUCAGACAGACACAGGAACAUCCCGGGCAGACACAGGAACACUCAGGCAGACACAGGGACACUCAGGCAGACACAGGAGGACGCCAGGCCAAACUAGGAACACUCAGGCAGACACAGGAACACUCCAGACAGACACAGGAACCUCAGGCAGACACAGAGACCUCAGGCAGACACAGGAGACACUCAGACAGACAGGGCAGACUGGGGACACUCAAGGCAGACACCCAGGAACACUCCAGGCAGACACAGGGACUCAGGCAGACACAGGAGACACUCAGACAGACACAGGACCUCUCAGGCAGACACCCAAGACACUCAGGCAGACACAGGGACACUCAGGCGAGACACAGGAACCUCAGACAGACACAGGAACACUCAGGCAGUUACAGGAACACCAGACAGACUGGAACACUCAGACAGACACAGGGACACUCAGGGAGACACAGGGACACUCCAGGGAGACACAGGGACACUCAGGGAGACACAAGGGACAGAGGACACUCAGGGAGACACGGAACACUCAGACUAACACAGGAACACUCAGGCAGACACAGGGACACUCAAGGGGGGCCUGGGACACUCAGGCAAACACAGGGACACUCAGGCAGACUGCAGAACCUCCAGGCAAACACAGGGACACUCAGGCAGACUGGAACACUCAGACAGACACAGAGACACUCCAGACAGACACAGGGACACUCCAAGCUGAACAGGGGACACUCAGGCAGACACAGGAACACUCAAGGCAAACACAGGGACCUCAGGCAGACACCAGGAACUGCUCAGGCAGACACACAGGACACUCAGGGCAGACCCCAGGAACACUCAGGCAGACACAGGGACCUCAAGGCAGACACAGGAACACUCAGGGCAGACACAGGGACCUCAAGGCGAGACACAAGACACUCAGGCAGACACAGGAACCUCCAGGCAGACACAGGACACUCAGGCAGACACAGGAACCUCAGGCAGACACAGGGACACUCAGGCCGAACUGGGAACAACUCGGGCAGACACAGGGACACUCCAGGCAGACUGCAGGAACCUCCAGGCAGACACAGGAACACUCAGAGCAAACUUUAGGACACUCAGACAGACACAGGGACACUCAGACAGACACAGGGACACUCAGGCGAACACAGGACACUGAGGGCAGACACAGGAACACUCCAGGCAGACACAGGGACACUCAGGCAGACUGCAAGGAACACUCCAGGCAGACACAGGGACACUCAGGCAGACACAGGAACCUCAGGCAGUAUGGAACAUUCAGGCAGACUGCAGGAACACUCAGACGGACACAGGGGACCUCAGACAGACACAGGGGACCUCAGGCACACACAGGACCCUCAGGCAGACACAGGAACCUCAGGCAGACACAGGGAUUCCUCCAGACAGCAGACACAGGAACACUCCAGGCAGACACAGGAACACUCAGGCAGACCCCGAGCAUCCCAGGCAGACCUGGGGACCUCAGACAGACACAGGAACACUCAGACAGACACAGAACACUCAGGCAAACACAGGAACCUCCAGGCAGACACAAGAACCUCAGGCAGGCCGGGGACACUCAGACAGACUGGAACCUCAGACAGACACAAGACACUCAGGCCAGAAACACAGGAACACUCAGGCAGACACAGGAGACACUCAGACCCAGACACAGGAACCUCCAGACAGACACAGGGACCUCAGGGAGACACCCAGGGACACUCUGGGGAGACACAGGGACACUCAGGGAGACACAGGGACAUUCAGGCAGACAGGGACAUUCAGGGAGAACAGGGACGCACUCAGGGAGACACAGGGACACUCAGACAGACACAAGAGACACUCCGGAGCCUAGGACACUCAGACUGAACACAAGGAACCUCCAGACAGACACAGGGACAUUCAGGAGACACAGGGACACUCAGGGAACACAGGAACCUCAGACAGACACAGGAACACUCCAGGGCAGACAGGACCUCAAGGAGCACAGGGACACUCAGGCAAACACAGGGACACUCAGGCAGACCCCAGGAACACUCCAGGGCAAGCCUACAGGGACCUCCAGACACAGGAACCUCAGAGGCAGACACAGGGACCUCCAGGCAGACACAGGAACCUCAGACAGACACAGGAGGAACACUCAGGCAGACACAGGAACACUCCAGGCAGACACAGGAAUACUCAAGACAGACACAGGACACUCAGGGCAAGACACAGGGAACCUCCAGGCAGACACAGGAACACUCAGGCAGACUACAGGACACUCAGCAGACACACAGGAACCUCAGGCAGACACAGGAACACUCAGGCAGACACCCCAAGACUCAGGCAGACCUUGUAUGGAACACUCCAGGCGGGCUGGGAACACUCAGGCAGACACAGGGACACUCAGGGCAGACACAGGAACACUCAAGGCGAACCCAGGACACUCAGGCAGACACAGGAACACUCAGGCAGACACAGGAACACUCAGGCAGACACAGGGACCUCAGGCAGAUUACAGGAACACUCAGGCAGACACAGGACACUCAGGCAGGCCACAGACAACUCAGGCAGACUUACAGGGACCUCAGGCAGACCUGGGAACACUCCAGGCAGACCUGGGAACCUCCAGGCAAGCACAGGGACACUCAAAGGCCAGACACAGGGACACUCCAGACAGACACAGGGACACUCAGGCAGACACAGGGACACUGAGGCAGACACUGGGAACACUCAGGCACAGACACAGGGACCUCAGGCAGACUGAGACACUCAGGCAGACACCUGGGGACACUCAGGCAGACACAGGGAACACUCAGGCAGACAUAGGAACAUUCCAGGCAGACACAGGAACACUCAGAGCCGGCUUAGGAACCUCAGCAGGCAGAACACAGGGCACUCAGACGAACUGGGAACCUCCAGACAGACACAGGGACACUCGGGAACACAGGGACACUCCAGGGGCACGAGGUUACUCAGGGAGACACAGGGACAUUCAGGAACUGGGGACAUUCAGGAGACACAAGGGACCUCAGGAGACACAGGGACACUCAAGCAGACACAGGAACCUCAGGCGAGCCACAGGGACCUCAGACAGACCACAGGGGCCUCAGACAGACACAGGGACAUUCAAGGGAGACACAGGGUUACUCCAGGAGACACAGGAACACUCAGACAGACUUAGGAACACUCAGGCAGACACAGGGACACUCCAAGGAGACACAGGACACUCAGGCAAACACAAGGGCACUCCAGGCAGACACAGGAACACUCCGGAAGCAAACACAGGGACGCACUCAGGCAGACACAGGAACACUCAGACAGACACAGAACCUCAGACAGACACUAGAGACCUCAGGCAGACACAGGACACUCAGGCAGACUUGGGAACACUCAGGCAGACACAGGAACAUAGUGGCUUAGGAACACUCAGGCAGACACAGGGACACUCAGGAGACAGGGGACCUCCGAGGCAGACACAGGAACACUCAGGCAGACACAGGACACUCAGGCAGACACAGGAACCUCAGACAGACCUGGGGACACUCAGGCAGACACAGGAACACUCCCAGGCAGACCUGGGGACACUCCAGGCAGACACAGGAACACUCCAGGCAGACACACCAGAGACACUCAGGCAGACACAGGGACCUCAGGCAGACACCCAGAACACUCAGAGCAGACUAGGGACACUCAGGCAGACACAGGAACAACUCAGGCAGACACAGGACAUCAGGCAGACACCAGGAACACUCCAGAGCAGACACCCAGGAACACUCCAAGGCAAACACAGGACACUCAGACAGACCUGGGGACACUCAGACAGACACACAAGGGACACUCAGGCAGACACAGGACACUGGACACAGGAACACCAGGCAGACACAGGGGACACUCCAGGCAGACACAAGGACACUCAGAGCCCAGACAAAAGGGACCUCAGGCAGACACAAGGAACCUCAGGCAGACAUAGGAACAUUCAGGCAGACACAGGAACACUCAGGGCAGACACAGGGACACUCAGACAGACGCAGGGGAUACUCAGGCUUUGGAACCUCAGGCAGACUACAGGAACACUCAGGCAGACCUACCCAGGGACACUCAGGCAGACACAGGAACACUUGAGCAGACACAGGAACACUCAGGCAGACACAGGAACACUUUCCAGGCAGACACAGGACCUCAGACAGACACACAGGAACACUCAGACAGACACAGGAACACUCAAAGGCAAACACCCAAGAGACCUCAGGCAGACACGAGACACUCCAGGCAGACACAGGACACUCAGACAGACACAUGAACCUCAAGACAGACACAGGAACACUCCAAGCAAAACAGGAACACUCAGGCGGAACUGGGGACACUCAGACAGACACAGGAACACUGAACGAACCUGGGGACACUCAGGGAGCAGGACACUCAGGGAGGCUGGGGACACUCAAGGGAGCACAAGGGACAUUCAGAGCAGACACAAGGGACAUUCAGGAGACCACAGGGACCUCAGGGAGACACAGGGUUACUCAGACAGACUACAGGAACCUCCAGACACACACAGGGGACACUCAGGGAACCUGGGAACACUCAGACAGACUUUAGGAACACUCAGGGCAGACACAGGGACACUCAGAAGGAGACACAGGGACCUCCAGGCAAACACCUACAGGGACACUCAGGCAGACACAAGGGCCUCAGGGACCUCCAGGCAGACCUGGGAACACACAAAGACAGACACAGGGACCCUCAAGAGCAGGAACUGGAACACUCAGAGGCAGACACAGGGACAUCAGGCAGACACAGGAACACUCAAGAACAGAACACAAGGUCCUCAGGCAGACACAGGAACCUCCAGGCAGACUAGGAAUACUCAGACAGACACAGGGACACUCCAGGCAGACACAGGAACACUCAGGCAAACACAGGAACUCAGGCAGACACAGGGACACUCAGGCAGACACAGGAACACUCAGGCAGACACAGGGACACUCAGGCAGACACAAGACACUCCAGACAGACACAAGAACACUCAGGCAAGCCCCAGGAACACUCAGGCAGACACAGGAACACUCAGACAGACACAGGACACUCAGGAGACACAGGAACACUUCCAGGCAGACACAGGAACACUCCAGGCAAACACAGGGACACUCAGACAGACACACAGGGACCUCAGACAAGACACAGGACACUCCAGGCAGACACGGACACUGAGGCAGACCUGGGAACACUCAGGCAGACACAGGGGACACUCAGGCAAGACACAGGGCCUCCAGGCAGACACAGGGACACUCAGGCAGACACAGGAACUCAGGCAGACACAAGGAACAUUCAGGCAGACACAGGAACACUCGGACAGACACAGGGACACUCAGACAGACUACAGGACACUCAGGCACACACACACAGGACCACUCAGGCAGAACACAGGAACACUCAGGCAGACACAGGGACACUCCAAGACAGAACCACAGGAACACUCAGGCAGACACAGGAACACUCAGGCAGACACCCCCAGGAACACUCAGGCGGGGCAGGACACUCCAGACAAGACACAGGAACACUCAGACAGACACAGGAACACUCAGAGCAAACCCCACCUAGGAACCUCAGGUAGACAGGGGUUACUCAGGCAGACAGGGACACUCAGACAGACACAGGAACACUCAGACAGACACCCAGGAACUCAGGCAAACACAGGAACACUCAAGGCAGACACAGGAACACUCAGACCAGACACAGGAACACUCAGGCAGACACAGGGACACUCCAGGGGCUGGGGACACUCAGGGAGACACAGGGACACUCAGGAGACACAGGGACAUUCAGUAUGGAACAGAUACAGCACAGCAUCGUACAGAAACCGUAGUAAUACGGUACGCAGUCAUGAAGCAGUGUAA